AUGUCAAUUAAUAUAAAGAAUAAUUCUGAGGAGUUGAAAGUUGAGAAUGGAUUAUUUAUUCAUUCUUCAUGCCCUUCAUCAAAUAGUGGAAAUGGUCAAGAUUUAUUAUUAAAUGUUGGAAGUUUACAAAAGCCAGAUUUAGAAUAUCUUGGUCAAUUAAUUAAAGACAAAAAGCAGCUUUCAGCAUUUCCAAAUGUUUUUUCUCACGUCGAAAAACUUUUGGACGAAGAAAUUAAUCGUGUUAGAAUUGCAAUAUUUCAAUGUGAAUUUAGCCACGAGCCUUUACAAUUACCUGAAGCUAUAGGGGAAAUAAGUACUCAUCAAGAGAAAUUAUAUGUUCCAAUAAAGCAAUAUCCAGAUUAUAAUUUUGUUGGACGUAUUCUUGGACCUAGAGGAAUGACAGCAAAACAAUUAGAAACAGAGACUGGAUGUAAAAUAAUGGUUAGAGGAAAGGGGUCAAUGAGAGAUAAAAAGAAAGAGGAUUUAAAUAAAGGAAAACCAAAUUGGGAACAUUUAAAUGAAGAUUUACAUGUUAUAAUACAAUGUGAAGAUACAGAAAAUAGAGCAAAAAUUAAAAUGUCUAGAGCAAUUGAAGAAGUAAAUAAAUUAUUAAUUCCACAACCUGAAGGUGAAGAUGAACUUAAAAGAAAACAAUUAAUGGAAUUAGCUAUAAUAAAUGGAACAUUUAGAAAUGGGGGAAUAAUGCCUACAACACCUACAAACAAUUCAAAUAAAAAUAAUAAUUCUUUAAUUCGUAAGAAUUUUUUGGAAGAAUAUUUUUUUAAAUUCUCUUCUUUAUUUUUGUAG